AUGUCUGAGAAAUUCAAGACACGGCCUGAAGACCUCGAGGCGACAACGUCUCACUCGAGUGGCUUCUCGCGGUUCGCCUCAUUGUUUGGCGGCUCCAGCGUCUGGGUUGGUCCCCGGAUAGCACCGCUGCCCGCCUACCUCAAGAGCGACCUCUCUGAAAGCGAAGAGUCUAGCGAAGCAAUCCUCAACCGACAGCUCGCAUCGGAAGAUGGCACCUCGAUCCAAUAUCGAACUUGCUCGUGGCAAAAGACUGCGGCGCUACUCUUCAGCGAGUACAUCUGCUUGGCCAUCAUGAGCUUCCCUUGGUCCUACAGCGUGCUGGGUCUUGUCCCCGGCUUGAUCUUGACUGUGGUUGUUGCGGCCCUGGUGCUCUAUACAAGUCUUGUCCUGUGGGAGUUUUGUCUGCGGCAUCCAGAGGUGCGCGACGUGUGCGACAUUGGCCAGAUGCUCUUCUGGGGCAAGGAAUGGGCGUGGUGGCUGACUGCCAUCAUGUUUGUCCUGAACAAUACGUUUAUCCAGGCUCUUCAUGUUCUGGUCGGCGCAGAGUACCUCAACACCAUGACUGAAAGCGACAAGAUUGGCGGCUGCCGUACCGUGGAGUUUGGCGUCGUGGUCACGGUCAUCUGCUUGAUUGCAUCGCUGCCUCGCACCUUCAGCAUGAUGUCCAAGCUUGGUACGGCGUCGGCAAUCUUUACCUUUAUCUCCGUGUUGCUGGCAACCGUCUUUGCUGGUGUUCAGAACAAGCCCGCAGGAUACACUGCGGCUCUGGGCUCGCCCAUUGUCACGGCUAUUCCAGUCAAGGGCACGACUUUUGUCAACGGCAUGUCAGCUUUCCUCAACAUCAGCUACACCUUUAUUGGCCAGAUUACUCUCCCCAGUUUCAUUGCUGAGAUGCGCGAUCCUCGGGAGUUCCCCAAGUCGCUGUGGGCCUGCACAAUCGCCGAAAUCAUCGUCUUCUCCAUUGUCGGCGGUGUCAUCUACGCCUACACUGGCAACCAAUAUGUCACGGCUCCGGCGUUUGGAUCGUUGGAUGAUCUUUACAAGAAGGUUUCCUUCUCCUUCAUGAUCCCAACUCUCAUCUUCCUCGGAUGCCUGUAUGCCUCGGUUACGGCCCGCUUCGUCUUCUUCCGCGCGUUUCGCAACUCGGUGCACCUGCAUAGCCACACCGUCGUGGGAUGGGGAAGCUGGUUCGGCAUCCUGCUCGUCACCUGGAUUUUUGCCUUUAUCAUUUCUCAGGUCAUUCCAUUCUUUUCUUCACUCUUGUCCGUCAUGUCAUCCUUGUUCGACAGUUGGUUCGGCUUCAUCUUUUGGGGCGUCGCGUACCUGCGCAUGCGAAACGCGGACAAGCAAGUUGGGCGGAAACGCAACGGCAUUACUGCAGCAUUUUCAACGGCUGUGAACAUUGCCAUCAUCAUCAUGGGCGUGUUCUUCCUGACAGUGGGCACAUAUGCCAGUGUACAGGGCAUCAUUGAUCAAUUCGAUGCCGGCACGGUACACGGCGUGUUUUCUUGCAAGAGCAACGGAAUAUGA